CGGCCGCUUGGAGGAAGAGACGGAGUGUGAAUCUAAGGAGCAAACAGCUAAGAGGACAAAACUUUGGUUCUGGAUAUUGUUUUUGUAAAUUUUAGUAAGGCUUCAGUGGAUCAAGGAACAUUUUAUUUCUGGAGCUCAAAAGGACAUUUUUAGAGCGUUUGGUGACUUUAUUGCGCCGACGACACACAAGAGGAUCAAGUGGGGAAAAAUAAAACACUGAAAGCCUUCACUGUAUCAUGGACUCUCUUUAACAGCUCAGAAAGAUACAUCCUGCCUUCAGAGCUGAGAAUGGGUAGCUGGUGGUUGUGCUUGUGCACACUGGGAAUUCUUGCAGCUCCAUGUAAAGUCACCGGAAAUUGCCUGGACAGGACCUCGAUCAGUGUGAUCCUGCUGGAGGAUGGAAAGUCUCCCUGGAGCCUGAAGUAUGUGAAAGAAGAAAUACUGAAGGCUAUAGCUACAGAGCCAACCAUCAAUAAUGCAGAAGAUACGAACUUUACUCUCACGGCCAACUUCGGCGGGUUCAACGCAUCCUUGUACAAAGGUGGAGGCUGCUUCAUCACUCAGUGUGGGGGUGUGGAGGAGCUAAAAAGGUUCCAAGAGCAAGAUGAGCUGGGAUGUGUUGUGCUUGGACCCACCUGCGCCUAUGCUACUUUCAGCAUAGUUGAUGCCGAAAAAGGCAUGAAGCUCAGAACACCCAUCCUGUCAGCGGGCAGCUUUUCUCACUCCUGUGACGACAGACCCAACUUGCAUCGCCUCCUGCCGCCGGCAAGGAAGAUCUCCGACUUUUUAAUCAACUUUUGGCAAUACAAAGAUGCAAUCAAAUCUGAGUGGAAGGAAGUCUACAUUUACAAAACGCAGAACGCUGCAGAGGAUUGCUUUUGGUAUGUAGAGGCACAGAGUACAGGCCUGAGCCAGAUUACCGAAACUAUUCAGAGGACAGUGCUGCGCAAUGCUCAAGAUCUGGAAGCCGUACUGAAAGAACCAACGAAGAGGAAAAGCAAUCUGUUCUUCUUGUGUGGAUCACCAAAGGACCUAGUGGAGUUGAAAAACAUCUCUGCAGCAGCAGACAGCAGUGAUCUUCUGUUCAUCCUUGUUGAUCUUUUCAAUGAUGUCUACUACACCAACUCAUCAUCAGUACCAGAAAUGAAGAACGUGUUGGUGCUGACUAUGCCCAACGAGAGACAUUACACCAUCAACACAAACCUUCAGGACAACAACACGAUGAAUGACUACAUGGCAGCGUACCAUGAUGCAGUGCUGCUCAUAGGCCAAGUGAUCAGAGAAAUCAGAGAAAAAAAUCAGUCCGAGAUUGCACAGAUGGACUAUGUGAACUCAAAUUACUUCAGAAACAUCCGCUUUAAUGGAAGUGCCGGGACUUAUAAGCUGGACAGAAACGGAGACAGAGACGUGACUCUAUGCAUCAUUUACACAACCACUGACCUGAAGUACGAGGUCUUAUUCAAAUUCGACACGGAGAGCAAAGAAACUAUAGUCAUGGACCCGAAUCCAUCCUUCAUCUGGGGAAAAAGGCUUCCUGAGUCCAGUCCAGACAGCGGUCAAGAUGUUUAUGACAUCAUUGUCAUUGUGUUGGGCGUCACAGUGGUUGUAGUGGCCACUGUUGCACUCAUUUUCUACAGACAGAACAGGAGAGAUCGGCGGCUCAGGAAGGGCUGGUCUCACAUUAACCCUGAGCUCAUCACACUGCUGCAGAACAACACACUCAACGUCAUCAAUCUUAAAAUUGAAAAUGAGAGGAAAAACAAGAAUUACAAGAUCCGCCGUGCAUUCUACGAUAAGAAGAUUGUAAUCCUUAAGGAGCUGAAGAACUCAGAUGGGGACUUCGAUGAAGACCAGAGGAUUGAACUCAAUGCGCUACUGCACAUCGACUAUUACAACCUCACAAAGUUUUAUGGCACAGUGAAGUUUGAUCAGGGUGUUUUCGGAGUGUUUGAGUAUGGAGAGCGUGGGUCGCUCAAGUAUGUGCUGAAUGACAAGGUUUCAUACCCAGAGGAGGCCUUCAUGGACUGGGAGUUCAAGAUCUCUGUCAUGUACGACAUCGCCAAGGGCAUGUCCUACCUGCAUGCCAGCGCCAUUCAGGUGCACGGUCGCCUCAAGUCCACCAACUGUGUGGUGGACAAUCGCAUGGUGGUGAAGAUCACAGACUUCGGGUGCAACGCGUACCUCAGCCCCGGCCAAGACUUAUGGACAGCUCCAGAGCAUCUGAGGAAAGAGGGCAUCUCUCAGAAAGGAGACGUCUACAGCUUCGCCAUCAUCUCACAGGAGAUUGUUCUCAGGAAGUGCACCUUCUUCACUGAGUCCUGCUCCGACCGAUCAGAAAAGCUUUCCAGGGUCAUCAUAUCCUACUUCAGACCUGAUCUUAACUUUGAUACGACUUCAGAGAAGGAAUCAGAGGUGUACAUGUUAAUAAAAAGCUGUUGGGACGAGGAUCCAGAAAAAAGACCUGACUUUAAGAAGGUAGAAAACUGCCUGGGGAAAAUCAUCAGUAAAAUCCAUAACCAGGACAAUGAGAGCUAUAUGGACAACAUGAUUCGACGGCUGCAGAUGUACUCCAGAAACCUGGAGCAUCUGGUGGAGGAGAGAACAGCGCUGUACAAAGCUGAAAGGGAUCGAGCUGACCGCCUCAACUUCAUGCUGCUCCCUGGACCGGUGGUGAAAAGUCUGAAGGAGACCGGUGUGGUGGAGCCAGAGUUGUAUGACGAAGUGACCAUAUAUUUCAGCGACAUAGUCGGCUUCACCACUCUGUGCCACUACAGCACCCCGAUGGAGGUGGUGGACAUGCUCAAUGACAUCUAUAAGGGCUUCGACAGCAUCGUCGACAACCACGAUGUCUACAAGGUGGAAACCAUAGGUGAUGCCUACAUGGUUGCCUCUGGCCUGCCCAGAAGAAAUGGGAACAGGCAUGCGGUGGACAUCUGCCGCAUGGCGUUGAACAUCCUGGCCUUCAUGGGCACCUUUCAGCUCCGACACCUGCCUGGUAUCCCUGUGUGGAUACGUAUCGGCGUCCACUCAGGUCCCUGUGCAGCUGGGGUUGUUGGGAUAAAGAUGCCCAGAUAUUGUUUAUUUGGAGACACGGUCAACACAGCGUCUCGUAUGGAGUCUACAGGACACCCCCUGCGGAUCCACGUCAGUCAGCCGACUAUAAAUAUCCUGCAGAGGACAGACUGCAAGUUUGAGUAUGAGGUCAGAGGAGAAACAUAUCUGAAGGGUAAAGGCACCGAGACGACCCACUGGCUGACAGGUGAAACUGGUGAAGACUAUGACCUCCCGACUCCACCCACAACGGAGAACUUCCAGCGGCUGCAGCAGGACCUCGCUCACAUGAUCCUGGCUUGUCUGGAGCGCCGCUCUCGAGGAUCUGUGCGGAGGAAGAAGCCGCUCUCGAGUCAGACCACUGAGGAGGACAAGGACCGGGAAUCAGAGGUGGAGUCUGAGAGCAGCCAGCUGGAGUAUCUGCACAUGGCCACGGUGGAAAACACACUCAGUACCUUCCUGUAGGACAAUCUGUUGUUGCACCGUGCAGUAAGAGCAGGAAAUCAAGCAGCAGGUGGAAGGAUGAUAUGUUUUUGAAAAGUGUUUAAGGACCUCAAAUCUUCAUGUACAAAUAAGUGCAGGAUUUAAGAGAAGGUGUGCUUGUCAUUAUCUGCUCUCAUUGUUGGUUUGUGCUGCAUAACAUGGAUACAGUUUUAUUUUAGGAUAUAUUUCUGAUAAGCAGCGGACAUUUAAAAAAAUAGAAAUGGCAAAUACUUUUUGCUUUUUGUGCUCCUUAUGAUAAUAAUUUUCAUUUAUGCAGCACAUUUCAAAUUCCACAUUACAAGAUGCUAAACAACAGCAACAGAGCAGUCAUGAAAUCAUGUUUUGAUGACUGAAAGUCAACACAGUAAAGGAAAAUGUGCCUGCAAAGACUCCUUUAGUUUCCUUUAGUUUUCAGCUGGCGCUCCUGUAAAAGGACAAAAGAGCUCAGCCUGAGGCCUGUACCAGCACGUGCAGGACUAAGGGGUCAGAGACAGAGAGGCCAUUAAGGGACUUAAAAGUAAUUACUGAACCCCUGGUUCAAAAGCAAACAGCAGCGAGCAGAGAUGUGAAGAUAGCAGGCAGCCGAGCAGAGACACCACCUGUUUGUGUUGGAAUCGAUCGGUUGCUUCCUUUUGAGGUUAAACUGAGGCCAUGAGGAUCACAAAUGUCUCAGACUUCAUUUAAAUAAUGUUCUUACAUACACUACCAUUUAAAAGUCUGGGGUCACUUAGAAAUGUCCUUAUUUUUGAAAGAAAAGCAGUAUUUUUCUAUGAAGAUAACAUAAAUCAGAAACACAUAUAGACGUUGUUAAUGUGGUAAAUCACUAUUCUAGCUGGAGAUGGCUGAUUUUUAACGGAAUAUCUAGAGGAACAUUUCCAGCAACCAUCACUCCUGUGUUCUAAUGCUACAUUGUGUUAGAUAAUGGUGUUGAAAGGCUAAUUGAUGAUUAUAAAACCCUUGUGCAGUUAUGUUAGAACAUGAAUAAAAGUGUGAGUUUUCAUUGAAAACAUGAAAUUGUUCUGGGCGACCCCAAACUUUUGAACAGUAGUGUAUAAAACACAUUACUGCUCAAGUUAAUACAGUGGUAGCUUGUUGUGGCUAAUGCUAGCUUUUUCAAUCAUGUUUCUAGGCAAUGUAGAUAGCUAGCUGACUCUAGGAAUACAUAACUUUAGUUCGCUUAUCUGUAGGUGUCACGUGUGUCAGCAUUGGCAGCUGUUUUGCAAAUGUUAAAUACGGACGUGUGACAAAUGUUAGUGUAUACGGGGACCACUUCUGCAACAUGCCAACAGUCAGUUAAUAAACAAACUAUAACAGUUAUAUUAUUUUUUCUUUAAAACUGUUUACUUUCAAAUGAACUGAGUGACAGCCAAGGGCUGUUACUAAACAUUUAUGAGAUACACUAACAAAAAAAUUCAAACCGUUUUGUUUUCGACCUCUCAGCCUCCUAUCACAGGCCUGAUUUGCCCUGCGGGCCGGAGGUUGAGCAUCACUGAUAUAGACCUUCUUCCUCUAUGUGUACAUUCAUUUGUUCAUUGUUAAGUUUGUAAUGUAUAGUAUUUACUUCUUAGUUGAAAACUUGCUACAUUUAUGUACAGAGCUCAUUUUCACAUUAGUUUCACAAAGGGAAUGCUGUAUCUUUGUAAAGCCGAAGGACAAUAACAAUAAAUAAAAAACAUGUAAUAUAA